CAAUCAUGGAGGCAACAGAACUCCAUCACUUUUAUUUUCUCUAAAGUUUCUACAUGUUCUGUAACUUGUGUGAUAGUUUUGAUAUGUCCCCUCUCGUGUUCUUUCUCAGUUAUUCAAAGUUUUGAUUUUUUUCUAUAUAUUUUUUUUUGAUUAUGCUGAAGUUUUUCUAUAUUGAGCAGUGAAUUAUGCUGAAGAAGAGAUCAAGAAGCAAGCAAGCUUCACUCAUGGCAGACACCAAUCAGAAACAGAGUAAACCGACACCGUUUCCACGGCUCUUAACAGCUUUCAGCAGCUUCAAAAGUUUCACUGAAAACGACGCCGCCGCGAGUCCCACGUCCAUCCUCGACACAAAACCUUUCUCCGUUAUCAAAAACCCUUUUGGAUCCGACAACCCGAAACCCCACGAACCCGAGACCCGGCUCAAGCUCGAACCCAAAAGAAUCGGACUCGCCAUUGUCGACUCUCUCACCCAAGAAGAACCCGGAUUAUCCCGACAAAGAUCCGGGACAAUUCUAUUCGGGUCACAGCUCCGGGUCCGGGUCUCGGAUCCCCAACGAUCCUCGUCGGAUUUCGGGAUCAAAACGAAGAAUCCGCCGAUUUCUCUUCCACCUGAAGAGGCGAAGAAAACGGUUUCCGGGUCGGGUCUUGGGUCGCCCAGAAUCUUUACGGGCUAUUUCUCGACCAGUGAUAUGGAAUUAUCGGAAGACUACACGUGCGUGACGUGUCACGGGCCUAACCCGAGAACGAUUCAUAUAUUCGAUAACUGUAUCGUUGAGAGCAAACCCGGCGUCGUUUUCUUCCGGAGCUCCGACCCGGUUAACGAAUCGGAUUGUUUACCAUCCGACAGCUUUCUCAGUUUCUGCUGUAACUGUAAGAAGAAUCUUGGACCUCGUGAUGACAUUUUCAUGUACAGGGGAGACAGAGCCUUCUGUAGCAGCGAAUGCAGGUCACUGGAGAUGAUGUCGGAGGAAAAUGACAUUUAAGGAAAUAAGCUUAUUGAGAUAAUUAAAAGAUGUUAUGAUAAUGACUAAGAUAAAUAAGAUUGUAGUAUUAAGAGAAUGAAAAUGUUAGAUAUAAAUUUUGUUUACUUGCUUUAUGCUUGCCCGGGGAAGAGUUGGUGUCUGUAACUAUCUAAUCUAUUAAUCAAUAUACUAUUAAAAUUGAAGAUUUUUUUUUAAAGCUAUAGUUUUCAU